CAUCAUAAAUUAUUUCAUUUCCCGUACUCUCACAAGUAAUAGUGAUAACGCUAUGUAGAACUGUACAUGUUUAAUUAACCGGUUAGAAGGAAGAAUUCGAAAAGUGCAAAAUCAAAAAACUCGGCCACCAAUUAGUUUUCCGCGGCCACCUCCACCAUUUUCCACAAAGGAAAUUUUUAAUCAGCUUACCUAUAUUUUAACUUUGAUAAGCAUUCAAACUCCUGUAUAGUUCACUGAAGAAUCUUUCAAUGACAGAGUGUUUCUGCAAUUUUGGUCAAUAAGUUAACCAAAAAAAAAGUUCUCUAUAAAGCACAAUUAGUCAAGUGAUAAGGGCAAAUAAUGCAGCUACUAUUUCAAUCAAUUUUUCUCAUUUUAUUAUUUUCGCAUGCACAACUAUCACCAGUAUGCUCUAAUGGCUAUACACUGGUGAAUAAUAAUAAGUGCCUUCGACUUUUUAAGACUCCAGAAACACACAAGACUGCCGAGCUUACGUGUCUGAAAAAUGGUGGUGCUACUUUGGCCAAUAUUAAAAGUUCUAUAGACAAUCGCGCAAUCACAAUCUUCGUUGGUGGGGCUUCCAACUCUAUUUGGAUAGGGCUCUUUUGCACAAAGAGCUCCGCUAAGGAAUGCUUCUGGGAUGAUGAUAGCGGGUCAGCCGACCAGUUUCAAAACUUUAAGAGCGGGUUCCCAUUGGUGGAGAAAGGAAGAUGUGUAUACAGUAGCCAAGUGGCUUUCGAUAGGGGACAGUGGUCCAGUGGAGAUUGUGAAAAAGAGUCAAGGGCGUUUGUAUGUGAGCUUCCGGUAACGAAUGAAGACCAAUGCCAAAAGAACUACAACGGCUAUUGCUACUUCGAUUUCGCGCCACUUCCAUUUGUAUCCGCACAGAAGAUCUGCAAAGAGAACUGUGGAAUCAUUGCUUCAAUCCUUUCACCCAUGGAGAACAGAUACAUCAAUGCAAACUUCUACACUUAUUCUGCACUCUUGAUAGGUGCCACUUGGAGCUAUAACAGCUCUUACACCUGGUUUGACGGAUCGUCAUGGAGUUAUCACAAUAUAGACCAUACAGCUCGACGAGGUGGGGUUUGUCUUGCCAUGUCUACCGGAACUGGUAGUAUGGUCCCCACCGGUUCCUGGUACCCAGUUGAUUGUAAAGCAAGUAAUAGCUUCCUGUGCAAGCGGCCUGCAGGAACAUCCUGUCCUUGGGUGGAACCGGAGACCCCGCCAACUCCUGUUAUUCCAUCAAUGUGCAAUAGCUCUAUGAUCAUGGCACCUGGGACCAUCUCCUCACCGGCAUACCCUGGCUACUACGACAAUAACAUGUACUGUAGCUAUCUACUAUCUACAACAGGAGCCUAUAACAUCCUUCUGAAGUUCACCGAUUUCUCUACGAAUCUGAAUUUGGAUUAUGUGACGGUGUACGAUGGGGAGACGACUAGCAGUCCGAUGCUUGGAUCGUUCAGCGGAUUCAACGAAACUCCGAUCAAUCUAGUGUCGACUGGGAACACGAUGCUGGUGACAUUCCGAUCGGGAAAUUCUGAGGAUUCAAAUAUUCGCUAUGGGUUUAGUGCCACUUUUUCGAAAUUUGUUCAAAUGCUCUAAAUAAAAUAUUAAAGUACA